AUGCCCCAGAGUCAAGGUCCCGGCCAGGUUUCCCCGCGUCCUGGCUGUGCGCCCCGCCUCAGUCUCCUGCUCUGUCAAACGAGGAAGCAGUCCCCGCGCGUGGCCGGGCUGGGGCGCGAGCAGGGUGGGCCGGGCAGGCGGCGGCCGCGGGGCUCUGGCCCGGCUCCCGGGCCCCGGCGCGGCGGCAGCUCCCGCCCCUUCCACGCGGCCGCUCCGGGAGAGUGUCUGCGACCGCAGUGGACCCGGGGAGAGGAGGAGCCACCACCCACCUCGGCGCCCGGGGGCUCCGGGCUCGAGCCCGCGCAGUGCCGACCGCAGGGGGCGCCACGAGGCCGCGGUUGGGCCUCCCUGGCGGCUGCAGCUACCCGGCAGAGAGGGGCGGCGCGGGGCCGCGGCGGAAGUCUCGGCCGCUCCCGAGCCCGAGCGUCCCGCCCCGCCGCAGUCGGGCAGCCGGGACCCUCGCGGGUGUUUGGGGCGCUUGGGGUCGCGCCCCCGCCGAACGAGGCCCAGGCCCAGACGGACGCGCGGGCAUCUGAUCGUCGACCCUCCCGGUGCACCGUGGCCCCCGCAAGGCCUUCCCGCCGUGGCCCCUUCUCCGGCCCCCAUGGCUGCGCCAUCCUCGCUGUCGGGGAAGCUCAGACGCUGCUGACGCCAGGCCCAGUGGUGAAGCCACAGCGUCUCCUCCUGGGGACACUGGGAAGUGGGGGCUUCCUUCUCCCCUGGGAGCUGCAGCGCCUCAAGAAGCCAACCCUGUCCCACUCAGCAGGGCUGCCAGGGGCCUGA